UAUGAGGUAAUAGCCAUACUUCAUUAAACCUGUGAAUCAUUUAUCAUAUAGAAAUCAAUCAAGUAAACAAAGCUUUAGUCAAUAAUAAAGUGAGGAAUCAAAAUCAAAAAGUUAAAAUCGAUUAUCCAAUAUUAAAAGGCCUGCUCCCAUAAUUACUCAACCUAUUACAUCUCCUUAAUUAAAAAGGAUGAACAAUUAGUAUUAAUUAUAAAUUUGAUAUAGAUUGAGAAUUUUAAAAAGUAAUAAAGUAGAUUUACCAUCCUUACCUUCACCUCAAAUACAAUAAUAAUGUGAUUAAUCUUUGUCAAAAUUUAAAAGCUUUGAAAAUCUUAAUAUCUAAAUGAGGUAGCCAACACCAAGAAGAUUUAAAUCUGAUGAACCUAAUAUCAAUGAACUUACAACUUAACCAAAAAAAACUAUUCGCUUCAGUUAGCAUAGUAAUAUUAGAUUGAGAAAUGAUUCAGCAAAAGCUAGAAAUAGAUCAAAUCAUGUACCUUUUCAAAAAACUAAUACUGAACCAAGUGAAAUAGUUCAUUCUCCAAUUAAGCAUAAAGCAAAGAGAGAUUUUGAUGAUUCAAGAGAAAUUCUAUAUUAAUUGUAAAGAGGUUACUCAAAAGAAAAGAAAUCUAUAUUAAAGACAGAACCAGAUGAUCCUUAUAGAAUAGGUAGUAUAUGUGAGAAUAGGAAUUCAACAAGUCUAAAAAGACAGUUUGGCCAUCAAUAUAUUAAUGAAUCACAAAGAUUCACAACUAAACAUCUUAUAGAUAUGCCUUGUGAUGAUGAAUUUUCUUAGUUUUUUAAAGAAGAUGAUAAUUAAAGUAAUUUUAAGAAUACCUAAAAAAAUGCUAAUCAUUAAAAUUAAAUUAGUCAAUAAACAAAAGAAAAAAUCUUAGAUUUGCUCUUUCUUUCAACUGGAGAAUUGAAAAAAAAAUUUAAUGAAUAAAGUAGAAUUUAAUAUUCAAAAAUUACUAAUAAAAUAUAGCAAAAUAAACCAAUAGUACCUAAAAGUAGAUUUCCCAAUGACUUUUUUAAUGUUUUGCAUUCUAAUGAAUCUCAAUUAUUUUGA